AUGGGUGUUCCUUUUGAGGCUCUGAUCCCCUAUGGGAUCAUCGUCGGCAUGUUUGGCGUGACCGGCGUUGGUCUUACUGCUGUCAAGUGGCUCGGGAAUGAGGGAAAGAAGGCCCGCUGGAACCGGGAUCUGUGGGACAGACAAAGUAUGUGA